AUGCUGACGACGGCAGGACGGCGUUUGUCGCGUGUCGCCGUCUCUCCGCGUCCGCGGAUGCGGAACUACACACUUGGCAAUAUGCCACCACCUCCAGCUGUAAAUAUACGCACUCAUGAUAUGAUUUCCCCGCAGGAACGGAGGUUCCUUGAGGCAGCUGAGCGAGGUGACAAACCAACAAUACAGGAAUGCCUGCUCACGGUAAGGAUACGGUACCCAUUUAAGAGAGAGGGAGAAACACCGCUGAACGUCAACUGCCUCGAUUCUAUGGGUCGUUCAGCUCUGGAAAUUGCUGUUGACAACGAGAACAUCGAGGUAUGGUGUAAAAAUAAAAAAAUUUUAAGCUCCAUCUUGUGCUGGGAGCAUCCCGAAUCUGCUCGGACAAGCGUCAAUUACGCAGUUUCAUGACU